AUGCCCAUGUGAUCCUGUUGCGUCGUGUCUACGAAUGAGUUUUCGAAACAGAAGGCCGCUCAGUUGCUUAUAAUUGGCGAAACCGACGAGAGAAGAAGCCAUUAUUUCCAUGGCUUCAACAUCACCGUCGUCUCUCUCCCCUCCGGAGGUCCCCAUGGAGCUCCACAUCUCUAACCGUCAAAAGCUCCUCAAUUGUCUUCGCCAGCACCUCUCCGAAUCCUCUCGCCCCCUACACUGCUUCGUCCUCCUUCAGGGCGGCGAAGAGCAAACACGCUAUUGCACUGAUCACAUCGAGCUCUUUAGGCAGGAGAGUUACUUCGCUUAUCUGUUUGGUGUGAGAGAGCCUGGUUUCUAUGGUGCUAUUGACAUUGCAACUGGGAAAUCGAUUCUAUUUGCGCCUAGGUUACCUGCUGAUUAUGCUAUUUGGUUGGGGGAAAUAAAGCCACUGUCCUACUUUCAGGAAAGGUAUAAGGUUAGCAUGGUCUACUAUACUGAUGAGAUUGCUCAAGUCUUGGUUGACCACUACAAGGGGUCUGGAAAACCUUUGUUGUUCCUCUUACAUGGGCUUAACACUGAUAGCAAUAAUUUCUCAAAACCCGCCAAUUUUGAGGGAAUAGAAAAUUUUGAGACAGAUUUGACAACUCUGCAUCCUGUAUUGACUGAGUGCCGUGUUCUUAAGUCAGACUCGGAGCUUGCUCUUAUCCAAUUUGCCAAUGAUAUAAGUUCUGAAGCUCAUGUUGAGGUUAUGAGAAAAGCUAAAGCAGGUAUGAAAGAAUAUCAGUUGGAAAGCAUGUUUCUUCAUCACACCUACAUGUAUGGUGGCUGUAGGCACUGUUCAUACACAUGUAUUUGUGCUACAGGUGAAAAUAGUGCUGUUCUACAUUAUGGACAUGCUGCAGCUCCUAAUGAUAGGAUCUUAGAAGAUGGAGAUAUGGCCUUGUUUGACAUGGGAGCUGAAUACAGUUUCUACGGAUCUGACAUUACAUGCUCAUUCCCUGUGAAUGGGAAGUUUACAAGUGAUCAAAGCCUUAUAUAUAAUGCUGUCCUUGAUGCUCACAAUGCUGUUAUAACCACAAUGAAACCUGGUGUAAGCUGGGUAGAUAUGCACAAAUUAGCUGAGAAAAUCAUUCUGGAGUCACUGAAAAAGGGAAACCUCCUUGUUGGAAAUGUUGAUGAUAUGAUGGUUGAACGAGUUGGUGCUAUCUUUAUGCCUCAUGGUCUGGGCCAUUUAUUGGGUAUUGAUACUCACGAUCCUGGAGGUUAUCCAAAGGGAGUAGAAAGACCAAAAGAACCUGGUUUGAAGUCUUUGCGUACUGCUAGACAACUGCAGGAGGGAAUGGUGAUAACAGUGGAGCCUGGAUGCUAUUUCAUUGAUGCAUUGUUGGUUCCGGCUAUGGAAAAUGCAAAAACUUCAAAGUUCUUCAACCGUGAAGUAGUGGAUGGAUUUAAAAAUUUUGGUGGAGUUCGAAUAGAAAGUGAUGUGCUUGUAACGGCCAAUGGGAGCAAGAACAUGACAAAGGUACCUCGGAAGACAUGGGAGAUUGAAGCUGUCAUGGCAGGUGGACCAUGGCCAUUCAGUUAAUGAGAAAAUGUUUGGGGAAGCCAAGUACAUAUAACAAAUAAAUAAUCGUUAGUAUCCCUGAAAAUGUGGGAAGAGAGAUAUCUCUGUAUCAGCUAUUCGACUUAUGUUAUUAUCUAAACCAUUCCUGUAUAAUGAAGUUCUUGUUUGGAUUAUGGGUUUAGACCUUAUUAUUAUUAAUAUUAUUAGAUAGCAUUCUGAUAUUA